AUGAUCCCAAGACUGAUGAGCGGAUACACGGGUCGUUCUACUGUCAGUUUCUCCCCCGGUCCGACCCUGAUGCUCGCGCAAGUACUCAACUAUGAGCGGAUUGCAAGGGAGGUGCUCAGCCAUUGGUUCAAGCACCAGAAGUUCACAUCGUCCGUGCGGCAACUAAGCAUGUACGGAUUUCACAAAAUUCCUCACCUUCAGCAAGGUGUCUUGAGGAGCGACACGACACCGAAGCUUAACACUUCGAACGUCCCAACUUCCGCCGCGGUCAGCCAGAUUUACUCACCUUCAUCACCCGUAAGACAAAGUCUGCCCACGCAAUGCCGAUGCAGCGGCGAAUUUUAUGGCCCAGAGAUGUCCACCGCGAACCUCGAGCUCGUCGCGCGAUUCUUCGAGAAGUGUUCCGAUUAUGACCGGAUGUUCCUCUCCGUCAAGGCAAGGCAGCCUGAAGUACUGCAGCUUCGCCGUCGACUUCUCAUGAGUGCUCGGGUUCGUUCUCGCAUCGCUUCACUGAGUAUCUGGGAGCGGCCGGAGGACCUCAAGCGCGGCAUCGACGCGAUAAACGCAGCCCUACGCGGGACUAAUCACCUGUAUUUGCUUGAGUCUGCACAUGUCGACUGGAACACCCCAAUUGAAGAGGUCAUUGCUGAGACGCUAAGGCGGGCGCACGCGGUGCACCCUGUGGUGGAGAUCGAGAUCAGCCUACGGUCCUACGAGGUGGAGACGAAUAAAGUUAUCGCGACGGCACAGGACCUCAGCGUUGCUAUCGCCGCCUACUCUCCACUCGGCCGGGGCUUCCUGACUGGGAGCAUAAAGAGCCGGAACGAUGAGGAGCGAGCGAGACCACACAUGUGCCGUGACGGGUAA